UAAAAGUUAAUAAAUUACUAUGGUUUGGGUUUAAAUCUCAUUCUCAAUGAUCCGUCUAGCACUCAUCCUCUUUGUUUCAUACGCUCUUCUUCUUACUCCUUGAUUUUGAUGCUGAUUCAGUGCUGUCCUUCAGUUUUCAGAAGUCUCUGCACUGUCUGUCAUUAGGGCAGAUGAAGAGGCCUCAGCUUUUCUUUAUGUCUUUGAUGUGUUCUUUAUUAUAAUACCAGCUGUCCUACCUAUCAAAAUGCCCGUUACCAAUUAUUUUAAAGGAGGAUUAAGCUCUUCAUACAAUAAAAAUUCUUAUCCAAAAUGGAGCAUAUUAACCCAGAACCUAGCAUUAUUACUUAUAUUCCCAUGGGGGUUUGUUCACAAUUUCGACUAAUGAGAUUUAUUCUAACCUACUUUCUGCAAGACAUUCCGCCCAUCGAACAUAUAUCUAAUGAAGAAUGAGUAAAUUCCUUAUAAAAUUAAUACUUUAUAUUUAAAAAUGUUCAUUACUCUUACUACAGUCAUGAGGUACCAAUCCUCCUAAGUGACAUUUAAGAAACGACAAAAUGCAAGUUAAGUUCUCAUAUCAUUUUACUGCUCGAUCAAUAAGUCUGACAAACUAUGAUUCAUUAAUGCACUUUCUCAGCCAAUACGCUUACAUUUUUGGUCGUAAUUAAUUGAGGCUCUAACAAAACCUGACCGAAUACAUACGAUAUUUUCUUCAGGAAAUUCUGAUAGGUCAUUUCCACCUGUUAUUCAGAGAAUCAGGUUUGACAAAUAUGCUGCUUAAUGGAAGAAAAUGUCAAUAAUUGAUAGGAUUAUUUCUAGAGGAUAAAAGAAUUUUUAGAUGAAAUAAUCUCCAUUUUAAUGGAAAGAUCUUAGUAUUUUACUAACCAUCUUCGUAUUGUAUUAAACCAGACAACUUGUAUAUUCCCGCUUCGCCAAUGUUGUUCUCUUUGAAAUCAACAGUGUUAGUAUUUUAGACGAUUCAACUGAACUUUCUACGAAAUGCUGGUUGUUAAUAGCAUUCUUUCCCUCGCAAAAUGCUUAUUCAGGCCAGGUCUCAAAAGUCUUUGUCGUGAUUUCUAUCUUCUUCCUAUUAUCCUUAGUAUUUGGCAUCGUCAAUGUGGGUGCAGACUCCGUAGCUGUGACCUUUGCAGUCUUCCCAUGUCUUUCGAAGAUAUCUCAAUCAGCAUGAAUCAGGAUUAAUUUCUCUUUAUUUUAUUCCUACCAGGAUUCAUACUUAAAGAUACUUUGGCAAAUGUUGAUAUCUUUGUUUUGAUAUCUUUAGUCUAAUUUUCUUAGUAUCUAGCUCCAUUUACUAUAGCUUUCAUACCUCUGAAUACAACACUGGAGGUGUCAAUAUUGGAUCGUUCAUAAUCAAACUUGUCAGCCUUCAUUUCUAUUUCUUUAUACCUGUUCAUUAUCAUAACCCAAUCUUCUCCUUGCCUAGUCAUGUAAUUAAUUUGUGAAUUCUUAGCAGAAGCUAGACUCCUCAUCUCCUUGAAUUUUUCCUUCAUUAUUGCCAAAUAACUGUAAGUUGCAGCCUGGAUGUCACUAUGAUCGACUAAUUGUUUUCUUUUAUUAAAGCCUCUCCCCUUUUUACUCAAUAUUGACUCGGGGUCUUCUUACUUUCCAUGCCACUUAGAGCAAAUUUAUGCCAUUU